AUGAGUAAAACUGAUAUAUCAAGUUUAAACGAAAAUGAUGAAGCAAGACUGAGAGAUUUAUUUAGAAAACUUGACAAAAAUAACGACAAUCAGAUCGAUGUCGAUGAGUUACUACAAGUUUUAGAACAAGUUGGUGUACCAUCGCCUUCAAAGAGAUCAAUAAUUGCAAGGAAAAUUCUUGAACAAGGUGGAAGCCGACAUACAAAAUCAUUAACAUUCCAACAGUUCGUUGAUUAUAUAUUCACUCAAGAACAUAAACUCAGACUUGUAUUUAAAGGAUUAGAUAAGAGUCAUCAUGGUAGAUUUGAUGCAUCUGAUUUAGUACAUUAUUUUGAAAAACUUGGUUUGUCUCUUGAUAUUGAUGAGGCCAAAAAAUUGGUACAAAAAAUGGAUAGUGAUAAAUCAUUGGAGAUAACAUGGGAUGAAUGGAGAGCGUUCAUGUUAUUUACACCAUCGUUGGAAGCACACGACAUGUUGCAGUACUGGAGACAUGCGUCGCAUUUAGAUUUAGGCGAAAUUAACUUGUUUCCUGAUGAUACCGGUAUCGAACAGGGAAAAUGGUGGAUGAAUCUUGUGGCUGGUGCUUUUGCUGGAGCAAUAUCUCGGACUGUUACCGCUCCAUUCGAUCGUUUAAAAAUUAUCAUGCAGUAUCUUGGCUCACGUUCAAAAAUAUCAGUAUUUGGUGGAUAUCGAUAUUUGAUUAAAGAAGGUGGUGUGUUGAGUUUAUGGCGUGGAAAUGGUAUGAAUGUUAUUAAAAUUGUGCCAGAAACUGCUUUAAGAUUUGCCUGUUAUGAAGAAUCCAAAAAAUUUUUAAAAACAAUACAAGGCAAAGACUUGAACUCUGAAACAACAAUUCCUGAAAGAUUUUUAUCCGGAAGUAUAGCUGGCUUUUUGUCUCAAACUGUCAUUUAUCCACUUGAUGUACUUAAAGUUCGUCUUUGUUUACAACGAACAGGAGAAUACGCAAACUGGUUUGAUGCUGUUAAACGGAUUUAUCGUACAGAGGGUCGAGGUGCUUUUUGGAGAGGAUAUUUAUUAAAUCAAAUUGGAAUUAUACCGUAUGCUGGUUUUGAUUUAGCGUGUUAUGAAAGUUUAAAACGUUUAUGGAUACAGACACAUGAUAAUCGAGAACCACCAACGCUGAUUGUUUUAUCAUGCGGUGCAACCAGUUCAUUCACCGGACAAUUAGUUACGUAUCCAAUAGCGUUAAUUCGCACAAGGUUACAAGGCCACGCUGUUCUAUUAAAACGUGAUGCAAAAGAAGUUGUGCCUGUUGGUCAGAUGUUUCGAGAAGUGUGGAAAAAUGAAGGCAUCGUCGGAUUCUAUCGUGGUUUAGUUCCAAACGUGUUCAAAGUUGUACCAGCCGUAUCAAUUAGUUAUCUUGUCUACGAAACAGCUAUGAAAGUAAUAUCACGAAAUGUACAUUCCAAUAAAAAUGUAGCAUGA